GGAUACGUGGAGAUUUUAAUCAAGUACAAGUGAAUGACGAUAUAUGUGCACGAAUAGAUAGGUUUGAAUCGUUUAUUUUUUUAAACGUAGAGCGGACUAUCUGACUUGGCGGAAUCUUUUGUGAGGCGUUCUUCGCGCUUUCCUUUUUGAGAAAGUGCUCGGAGUUUUGGAAAUAGAGGAGGAGGGUGAGCCUAACUGAGCCGGGGUUUACGGGUCUUGGGGGCAGCAUCAGUUUGUAAGGUUUGUAUCGGUUAUUUCCUGGACUCCGCAAUCUGUCAUUUGGCCCGGUUUGUUUACAUUUACUGGCCCGGACGUGUAUGCGCUUUAACAGCCCCUCCACGGUUCGACACGCUCCAGCUUCUCUGGCUGGCGUUCAGAGACUCGCUUCUGUGAAUAUAAUGUUACCCAGCCAGGUCGGAUCGGCACCAUCUGGAAACGGGUCGGCAUCGGGCAGGACUGCUACGGGACACGGGCCGGGGAUUCGUCCCGUUUUGGUCCGAACGGGUCAAGCUUUACCGGGGGUCGGUGAGAGCGGCGGAGCUGCGGGGCGACAGGGGGAGAGAGAGGCUGCCGGGAUGCUGGGGGCAAACGGGCCAGGGGGUUCUAGAGGGGCGAGACCGGGGAACGGGGCCGGGUUGAACCCCCUGCAGACUGCCGUCCAAGGAGGCAUUGUGGGGUUAAACCCCGGGGUGGUGAUGCCCCAUGGAGCCCGCUUCGACCCGGACCGGGAUAAUGCUCCUCUAUGCAGCGGCUCGGAUAAUGAUUCGGACUCUGGAGACGAGGAUGACCCGGUGGGUUCACUCGGGGACAGCAGGAGAGGGGUGAAGCGGGAGAGGGGGGAGAUGGAAGGGGCGGCGGCGGGACAGGAGCUGGGAGUACCCCCCGGAGGGUACGGCAUGGUGCCUGGAGGAGUUGCCGGAGCAAAGCCGGGGAAGAAGACACGUGGGCGGGUAAAAAUAAAGAUGGAAUUUAUCGAUAACAAGUUGAGACGCUACACCACGUUCAGCAAGAGGAAGACGGGCAUUAUGAAAAAGGCCUAUGAACUCUCAACCCUGACGGGAACCCAGGUUCUGCUGCUGGUGGCCAGUGAAACGGGUCAUGUCUAUACUUUCGCCACCCGGAAACUCCAGCCUAUGAUCACAAGCGAAACGGGCAAAGCCCUGAUCCAGACAUGCCUUAACUCGCCGGACUCUCCGCCGCGCUCCGACCCCUCCAUGGACCAGCGCAUGAGCGCCACGGGCUUCGAGGAGACAGACCUCACCUACCAGGUGUCGGAGUCGGAGAGCAUGGGCGACACGAAGGACACACUGAAGCCAACGUUCACCGUAGCCAAUCUACCGGGCACAACGAGCAGCGCCCAGUCCACGGUACCCACCACCUCCACCACCAUGCAGGUGAGCACUGGUGCGUCGUUUCCCAUCACCAACUACCUGGCGCCCGUCUCGACCAGCAGCAACAUCAGCGCUAAUGGAACUGUCCUCAAGACGGCUGGCGCCUCGACGGGAGUCAUGCAGCUUCCCAGUGGCUUCACCUUCAUGUCCGCAGGCACUCCUCUCCCCCCCAGCACCCCCACCAUUCCUCUGAGCCAGCUGCAGCAGCACUUUCUGGCCCUCCAGGGGCAGCAUGGUCAGACCCUGGCCGCCGCCCCACAGCCACAGCAGGGACAGCAGGCUGUCCUCCGCUUCCCUGCUGCUGUCUCCCUCACAGGUGCAGGCGUUCCUCAGCAGCUCCAGGCCAUCCAGGUCCAUCCCAACACACAGCCCACCUCCAACAGCGACAGCAGCCCCGAGAUCUCUCACACCUCCACCAACUCCACCGCAACGGUGAGUCUCCCGGCAACCAUCGUCACUUCGUCAGUGCCAACGUCUGUGCCGGGCCACAUGAUGUACCCCAGCCCUCACACGGUGAUGUACGCCUCCACGCCGGCGCUGGCCGACGGGGGGCUGGCCGUGCUCAACGCCUUCUCCCAGGGAGCCCCGACCAUGCAGGUGUCCCACGCGCACAGCCAAGACACAGGUGCCGUCCCUCAGGUGUUCCUCACAGCACCUCCCGGCACGGUGCAGAUCCCUGUCUCAACAGUGCAGCUACACCCAGUACGGCAAGAUCUGCAUUUCACAAAUGGUGAUUGGCCAGCAGUCGAGCGGCAGCAGCAGCAGCAGUAACCUGACGGAGCUCCAGGUGGUCAAUCUGGACGCGACACAGAGCACAAAGGGCGACUGACGGACGGCUGGAGCUGUUUAACAUGGCAGACACACACACAUAUAUAUACACACACACACGCACACACACAGACACACACAUCUAUUUAUUGAUGCCUUCCUUUGAAAUUUACCAUCACUUUUCUGAAUGUGAUUUAUCAGUACAUAUCUAUAAACACAAUGAAGGGCAUAUGUGUGGCAGGCCCUUAAACAAUAUGAAGUAUGUUUUUGGUAUAUAAAUAUAUAUAUAUAUAUUUGCAAAUACAUAGGAGAUAUAUCACUAUAUUAUAAUUGGAGCCUAUUUUCUAUGCUGUUAGAUGGUGUUAUUUUUAGCGUGAGCUUUGUUUCCUUUUGACAAAAUGUAAUGACACACACGGACUGCAAGGUGCCACCAGCUUCACACCAGCCAAAGAGACAUUUGUUUGUCUGAAUGUUCCUGUGUGAGCCAUCCGUGCACAAGCAUGUGUGUGUGUGUGUGCGCGUGUGUGUGUGUGUGCAUACACACAUCUGGGGUUUUGUAAAACGGGGUGUAGGGAGGACAGAGACUUGCUUUCUGGCUUAAAACAAAACGGGGGGGGGGAAAAAAAAAACAUUUGGAAAUGUAAAUAGUUUAUAAAACAAAUGAACAGUUGUAUUUUUAGCUCGGUUCAGUUUGUGCAGCGGCAUGUAACGUUUUUUUGUUUUUUUUACAUAGUGGGUUCUGUAGGUAGAAGUUGAGUUAUUUACAUGGAUGUGUAAAUGAAUGCACCAUCGUUCACUACAAGAUGGAGAAAGAAAGCUGUUAUCUACAACUUUCUGCGCUUUUGUUUUUGUUUAUGCUGUUUUUUUUGUGUUUGUUUUGAAGGAAUUUCCAGAUCAUGUAACUUUGUCAGUGAAAGCACAACACCUUUAUAAUUUACUGCUGUUGUAUUCUUUACUUUGGUAGAGAAGAUUUCAGUACUGUACCCUCUAUUAGACGUGACAAUCGGAUUGAAAUAUUUCCUAUCAAAAAUUUUAGUUUAAUGUUCAUGAACUGACGUUUAUCCUUGGUAAAAUGAGUAAAAAGCCUUAAAAUGAUUUGAAAAAUUCAUGUUGACCUUAAGUUUUGGAUAAUUAAUUAUGCAGAAAAACCCAAUAAUCACCCAGUUUGAGUUUUAUAGUAGCUCCCACGAGAUUAUAAUUAAAAUGUUGAGUUUUUCAAACAAUCCCAGAUAUCAUCAUGGGGAGAAAACGGCUUUCUGGUUAAACUAGAUAAAGUCUUGCUUGUUUCAUUUUUAAUUGUGUUAACAUUUUAUUAUUAUUGCUCUGACUGUAAAGAUCUAAAAAAAAAACUUGUAACUAUUUUUCUUCACUUAGUUUAAAGUCAAGAGUGUCGCAACAUAUUUAUACCCCAAGAAUAUAGCAAAAAAAUUAAAAGUUCCCAAAUGAAGCUAAAAACUAUCCUGUAUCCCUAAUGGGAUGCUGGUACUUAAUUAAAUAUUUCCCUCCCAACUACUGAGAUGAAUUUAACAUUUUCCAGUGAUGCUGCAAUGAAAGACGAGUUUCUUUUAAGGCUUUAUACUGAUCUUUACCAGGGAUGCUGUAUAAAUACAACUAAUACAGACCAAGUAGAUCCAUUUCCAGAUGCUACUCUAGUUGCCUUGAUCCACCUGUGGGUGAAGUUUAAAGCUGGCGGGAAAGAGAACGCUUUUCUGCGUGAGAACAAGGAUGUGAUUGUUGGGGAUUGUGUCCUGAGGUGCUUUAAAAUGUUAAGAUUACUGACCGAGUCCGAGUUGCAAGACCAGACUUGCGUCCUGUUUUUGCACCAUAGUGCCUGUGAUCCAAAGGCAGAUUUUGAAAGCAAAGUAAUGCAAGGCUGUAGGAUAUUUCUCUCACACGGCUUUUGGACCCGCCGCCCUGUUUUGUGCUUCUCCCUGCGAGGGGUUUUGCUCGUUGUUGACUCGUUUCUCCAGAACUGGUGGGAUGACGGAACAUGACGAAGGAAACCCGACUGUCGAUCAUUAGAGACAAGUUGCAGACAUUCACUUCUGUACUCUGGUACUCAUUAGGAAAUGUUUAUUUCAUUUUAUUUUUUUAAAUUGAGCAGUUUGUGUUUUUCACCUCGUCGUUGAAAGAAAUGAUUGUGUAUUUUUGUUGUAUUGUACAGAUAUUUUGUAAUAAAAACAAGAUGAAAUGCAAACUGUCGGAAAAAUGAUCACAUCUGCUGAGAAGCAAACAAUUUUUUUUUUUUUUAUCAGGACAGAGAAUGUUAAACAAAAUCAUGCUGUUUUUGAACAGACCCAAAUAAAAAGUAUAACCAUCAGUUAGCUGAUGACUAAAUGAACUUCCUGUUCUACAGCUAUUGGUAGGAAAAACCAUGUUAAUGUGUAAAAUGACUGGCAGUGAAAUGAGACCUGCCCCACUUUUUGAUAAAAACCAGACAUGAUGCAGUGAUUGGUGUCCUGUACAUCUUCACACAUCAAGAAAAGAGCCUACAUCAGCAAAACCUACAGGGGCAUCUCAGUACAUUUAGAAUAUCUACAUAUUUGACAAUUCAAAAGCUGAUUUUUUUUUUUUUCCUCCAGAAAAUUUUAAAUAUUAAAUAAAAAAUGUGGAAGAAAUGUUAAAAGCAAAAACGGUUUUUAAUAAAGAAAUCUAUAAUGAAAAAAUCUGGAAAUUUAGAAGUUUGGAAGGAAAAGUGUAGAAAUCUUAAAGCCACAAAAGGUAAUUAUUAAAUAAAAAGUGAAAUAGAAAUAAACUCAGAAUAAUUUUAUGGCAAUUACAUGUUAAGUGGAAGGAAAAAUGUGGUAGAAAAAUUCUUACGCAAAAAGCUAAGGAAUAAAAAAAAAAA